GCGCCACCGAGGCGUAUGUGUUACUCGAUUCGCUCUGAUACAGUGGGAAACCGAUAAAACACGCUGCAAAUACAAAGAAUUAACACCCUUAUUUCUGUGCUUAUCAUUUAAAAACGUUCACCGACCUUAUUGAUAUCGCGAAAAACGACUACAGACGCGUUAUUACUUUGAGUUUUCAGUUUAUCUUUUGUUUUGGUUUCUUUAUUUUCACCGGGAAAAGGCCGGGUGCUUGUUAAUAAAAUUGUGCGUACCAAAUAACGUUUUAGUGAGGUUUUCUUUGUUCAGUGACGGUUCUUACAGUACUUCUUGUAACCUACGACGUUAUUCCAAGUGUUUUCGUUUGGAUUAUUUUGUUUUUUAUUCGCCGGCAACUCUGGUGCGACAAGCCGAACACGUGCAUUGUCACUCGGUGCCGGCGUUUCUAAGGAGAAUAACAUCAACACCUUGGGAGUCGAUUUAAAUUAAAAGAUAAAACUGUUUGGGAUUGAUUUGGGAGUUGUGAAACAAAGGCUAUAAAGGUGAACGCACUGCGAGUAUCAGAUAACCGUGUCGCAGCGUCUAAAGGACGAGGCGAGCUGGAUGCCAAACAUGCAUUAGAUAUCGACCAACGAUAUCGAAACGGAUGCCGGUUUCCUGAAGAUGGCCUCACGCACCCCGUCCCUUGAGUCGCUGCCCGGUGCUAACUCUAUAGGUUCGCUGGAGCGUGGCUCCUUAUCGCCCUUGACUCUGAGCGGUUCAUCACCCCCUGCGAGUGACUCCGCCGUAUGUGACCUUCGUGAGUUCGACGGCCUCGACACCAUCUGCGCGAUCUGCCGAGAGACAUUCGUCGACCCAAAAGUACUCAACUGCUUCCACACAUUUUGCCGGGCCUGCCUGGAAAGGGAACAGACUUAUUCAGACAAAGUUACGUGUGUGACUUGCCGCAUCGACAGCCAGCUGCCACCCGCGGGUGUAUCUGGAUUACUGACAAACCUCGUGGUAGCUGCCGCAGUUGAGCAGGACGCGGACCUCCUUCCGUCUGCUCGCCAAACUAACUCGCCUUCAGCCCGCUGCACCGGCUGCAAAUCUAAGGAAUCAGACGCCGUAGCGCGUUGUGUCGACUGCGCCAAUUUCCUCUGCCCGAAUUGCGUCAUGGCGCACCAAUUCAUGCACUGCUUCGAGGGCCACCGCGUGUUGGCGUUCACAGACUUGAAAGAUGACAAAGGUAUGCUCGGAUCUACUCUCACAACGAGCGGUGACAAAACUGCGUUUUGCCCAAGACACAAAAAUGACAUACUCAAAUAUUUCUGCCGCACAUGCUCCGUGCCCGUAUGCAAAGAGUGCACCAUUAUCGAGCACCCUGCAGCACUUCACGAUUGCGAGCACCUGUCUGACGCCGGACCCAAACAAUUGGAGCUUAUGCAACAAGCUGUAAACGAAGCGAAAACUCGCGCAACUGAAAUUAGGCACGUUGUCAAAACUGUUGAACACGCUGCAGGAAAACUACAAGUUCAAUACCACAAAGCUCAAAAUGAAAUUAAUGACACGUUCCAAUUCUACCGCUCAAUGCUUGAAGAACGUAAACAAGAAUUAUUGAAAGAACUCGAAAGCGUGUUUUCCGCUAAACAAAUUGCUCUCACAGUAGUCGGGCAGAAAGCUCAAGAAACCGUUGACAAAAUCUACCAAACUUGCGACUUUGUAGAACGACUGACCAAGUGCGCCAAUAUAGCCGAAAUUUUGAUGUUCAGGAAACUCUUAGACACCAAACUGCAAUCUCUUAUGAGCUCUAAUCCAGAACAAAGUGUUCAAACAGCCUGUGAGCUUGAAUUUGUUUCUAAUUAUCAAGCAAUCCAAGUUGGUGUGCGAAACACAUUCGGUUAUGUACGCUCCAGCUCAGAGGCAAAUGUUGGACCUACUAAGCAACCACCUAUUGCACGCCCCACUAAUGGCUCGCUACUCAAUGGCGGCUCAUCAUCCAGCAGCAGCAGCGUGAAUGGUAGCUCUGGAAGCCUGAACGGUGGAAUCCAUCUCCCGACCGGCCUUAACGGCGUACUGGAUCGCCCCUACACGAACGGUCUUCUAGGACCGACUAGCCAAUCGACAUCGCCAUUCGAUUCGACCAUCAUUUCUAAACGCUUCAAUAGUGCCAAUAGCCUCGGGCCCUUCUCUACUGCCAUUGGAGACAUCAACUUGAAUGGAAUCAAUCCUUAUGAGAAAUGGUCAAACGGUGGCUGCGACUCGCUAUUCCCACCCGCAACUACAGACCCCUAUUCGCUCAGUACUGCCGCUCACACUGAUCCCAUUCUAGACUUGACUAAUAAGCUAAUUUCUACUGCCAUUUUCCCGCCGAAAUCGCAAAUUAAACGACAAAAGAUGAUUUAUCAUUGCAAAUUUGGUGAGUUUGGCGUGAUGGAGGGUCAAUUUACAGAGCCAAGUGGCGUUGCAGUUAAUGCACAAAACGACAUUAUCGUUGCUGACACCAACAACCACCGCAUCCAGAUAUUCGACAAGGAGGGUCGCUUUAAAUUCCAAUUCGGCGAAUGCGGUAAACGAGACGGACAACUUCUCUACCCAAACAGAGUUGCCGUAGUUAGAACCUCUGGUGACAUUAUCGUGACUGAGAGAUCGCCUACGCACCAGAUUCAGAUUUAUAACCAGUACGGCCAAUUCGUACGCAAAUUCGGUGCCAAUAUACUACAGCAUCCGCGAGGUGUCACAGUGGACAACAAAGGACGUAUCGUCGUUGUCGAAUGUAAGGUGAUGCGCGUCAUUAUUUUUGAUCAAGUCGGCAAUGUCCUGCAGAAAUUCGGAUGUUCAAAGCAUCUAGAAUUCCCUAACGGUGUAGUGGUGAAUGAUAAGCAAGAGAUAUUCAUCAGCGACAACCGGGCGCACUGCGUCAAGGUGUUCAAUUACGAGGGCAUUUACUUGCGCCAGAUUGGAGGUGAAGGCGUCACGAAUUACCCGAUUGGUGUUGGCAUCAACGCCGCUGGCGAGAUCCUGAUCGCCGAUAACCACAACAAUUUCAACCUGACUAUAUUCACACAGGACGGACAAUUGGUGUCCGCACUUGAGAGCAAGGUGAAGCACGCACAGUGCUUUGACGUAGCGCUCAUGGACGACGGAUCAGUGGUACUUGCCAGCAAGGAUUACCGCCUCUACAUCUAUCGCUACGUGCAGGUUCCACCUAUAGGUAUGUGAGCCCCCCGCCCUGAUCACAGGAGAUCGGAAUGACCGACGAUCUCCAAGCCAAAAAUCGACACCCUGAAACGUAACUCGCGAGUGUAGAGACCACAGUUCUGGCCAUGUGUCAAUUUUUGAAUAGUUAAAGUGAACAAUCAAAGUGAAGUUAACGAUACUUGCUUUUUUUGUAAGUGCAAGCAAGUGUUAAUGAUUGCGGCUGGCUCGAUGUGAUCAAUUUAACUAACGAUGGGAAUCUUUAACAUAUUUUCGGCAUGAGAUCUCUGUAUGCAUUAUUUCUAAACGAAACUGUAAUGAGAUUAGUUAUAGUAUUGACAUUGUUAUUCGAGUACCUAUUUAAAGGAUAGAGAUUAUUCCGUUGGAUCGAUCUAAACAUGCGAACGGUGUUCUCGACCCCUAUCAUUUUUUGAUCUAUUGAAUAAUAUUUUUUCAUAUCCCACAUCGUUAAAUUAGGGAUGAAUAUUAAGGGCAUUUGUAUUAUUUAGCCCAUUUGUUGGACCAAUAUUUUAACUAUUACUUAACAAAUUGUUAGGCGUUAAGCGUGUGAUUUUAUCGUAAUAAGAGAGCAUCGAGCGGUAUUGUUGUUAGUUUUAAGGACAUUCUUCGGCACAAUGGCACUUCCUGUUUUUAAUUAGCACUUAUUCUGUGUCGAUGGAAAUAUGAUUAUGAAACUAAGUAAGAAGUUGUUAUAUUAUUAAAUAGGUAAGUGUUAAAUUGAUGGGAGCUGAUAUGGACAAUCUUUAGUUACUACCCCUUUUCGAUGUAGUUCCAAAAUUGUAGGGAAAUGUGAUGUUAGCGGUUUUAUCAAUGACAAGUCGACUGCGGCGUUCCUUAGAUAUCCAGUAACAUUUCUGGCACAUACAGCCGGAAAAAUACUGACCCUUAAGAAAAACCAAAAUGCACUGAACAUCACAAUAUGGCGAGUGAUCAAAAAUGUUUUAUAGACUUCGGGCUAGUUUCUUUCCUCUCCGGUCUUCUUAUUAGAACCUUGAGUAUUAUAAAGCAUUUUAGAUUGUUAAUAUAACUUAAUUAUAUUGAAUAAUGAUGAUUGUAGGUGAUCCUUCAAUCGAUUUUAAAAUGACAGUUUAAAUCGACCAUGUUACGUCAAUACCGCCUAGUCACUGAGAGCCUACAGACCUGAAAAUUCUGUUUAUUAUUUUUUGAAAUGAGUGACAUUUGGUUAAUAAUAAUAUUGUUAGUUUUUUUAUACAUAUGUAGUACCUAUUGAAUGUUUUUUUUUAUUAAUUGGACAUGGUAGUAACUAGUAGAGCUUUAUAGGAAAUGAUCGUCUCGCUAGAAUUUUUUUUUCAAUUAAGGUACUGAUUUACAGCUGAAUUUUCACCUCGAGUAUUAAACUUCACUCGUAAACAAAACGAUAUACACUUUGUUAUUUUGGUAAGAUAUUUUUUUUAUAUGGAAACAACUUUAUUUUUAUAUUAGUAGUAUUAUAUGGUGCAUGUGUAACGUUUACUUUAUUGUAUUUUUUAUGAAUAUUAUGCUACUACUUUUUAUACUACAUUACUGUGUGUUUGAGUGUGUUAGCAGAAUUAUUUUAGAUUGAUUUUCAUUACUUUUGGUUUUUUUAUUAGUGAAUAAUGUUUUUAGUAUUUUUUGCUGAAUCUAUAACAAUAAAUAGAUCUGAUGCGGUCCUUACGGAUCGGGGGUAGUUUUUCUUAAUUUUUGAUCUGCAUUAGUGUAGUUUAGGUUAUGAGUUUCAAUUUUGGUGAUAUCCACAAUGUUCGGUGGGAUUGAAGACGUGUCUAUAGAUGGCGCCACAUGGUUGAUGCCUGGACGUGUGCCAUACAAUCAUGUUGUGAUGUAAUAAGUGAUAUUUAGUAUUGUUUGUAAAUAUGUACCAUACUCGGAUUAAAUCUUAAGUUUGAGACAUUUUCGUGUUUCGUAUUACUCGUUAGUGCAAGAUAGUGUUUCGGUAAGCCCCCUUCCAAUUAGUGUUAGUAAAUGAAAUUUUAAUAUUGUUUUUUAUCGAACGUUAUUGUUUGUGUUCCACAAGAAAUAGAGCACACAUUUGCAUGCAUUUAUCGCGUACAUACUUGCACUAAUCACAGCAUUUUAUUAGUACAGUUUCCUUUCACAUUUUCUGUAAUUUUCCCAUCAACCUUUUUCAUGCGCCAUCUUGACAUGUCUUCGAUUUUAACGCCUGCAUCGCUAACUACAUUAGGUGAAGUAAAACUUUGUACAAAUUUCAGUGAUUUCGCCACCAAUGAUUUUAAUAUACGCCACUCUGUUCCUAAUAAAUUAAUAUUAUAUAUCAUUCCUAUCGGAUAAUGUUCUACUUCAUCUAAUUUAUUAAGCGUUUUUACAGUUUUGAAAUUAGCCAAUUAGUUUACGCUGUACCUUAGUUUUUUCUGACGAAUUGUAUAAUACUUCACUAUACAUUAUUUAUAAAGAAUUGAAUUGCGUAAUUAAAUCUCAUUUUUAAUUUAUUUUAAUGCUUAUUAUAUUAAUUUUAUCAUUCUGAUUAAUAUAAUUCGUCUUAAUUAACUGAGGUAGUGUUAGAAACAUUUGAAAUUAUUUUAGAAUUUAGGAAGUUUCGUUCGGAAAGUGUUCGCUGAGAUAGAGUUGUAACUUUUGCGAGUAGACACUUUAAACUUUAAUUUUGGUAACAACAUACGCUUCUACUUAAUGAGAUCAUUUCAUCGUAUUAUAUUUAUAAUUAAGUAUAGCAUAGAAUAUCUAAAUUUCUACAGUUAGUUUUUGGAAAUAUGACGUCACACAUUCAUUGUAAAUUCGUAUACUAUUAUUUUUUUAUUCACUUUCAAUUAUUGACAGUAUGAGUUACGUUUAAUUUUAACCUGAAAAUGGUAUAACUAAGUUCAUUACAUAAAUAUUAUUGCAAAACUAAUUUUUCCUUCACAAUUUAAGUAU